AUGUCGGGGUGGACAACCGUGUGGGUCUUCCUCAUCGCUGCUGGCGCAAGCAGCGCCGUGUGGGUCACAACACCCAAAGGCCCCAACCAGGUACUUAUCCGCACAUCUGUGGUGCUUGCGCUGACGUGCAUGUACCUCAUGUGGUUCAUCAUCUACAUGGCACAGCUUCAUCCCAUUGUCAAGCCUAAACGAGGCGACGUCCGCUUCCUCGAACACUGA